AUGGGUCCGCAAAUGAAGAUGUUUUCGAGACCUCAGUUCGGUCUCCUCCGGCCUACCUUCCGAUGCACGACAGGUCUAUCCACGCCGUUCACAGUCCUCCCGCUAUCGCGAUGCUUCUCCACCACGUCGCCGUCCCUGGACUGGCUCACGCCCAAAUUCAUGGAGAAAUCUAAGUCGCCCAAGGGUCGUCCCCACGUUCCGACAGGCGGUUCCUCCCGCGGAACGACAGUCGUCUGGGGUGAUUAUGGCUUGCGGAUGAAGGACCAUGACCGCCGACUCCCUGCUGCUUCGCUGAAGAUUGCCGAGGAAACGAUCAAGAGACGUCUACGAGGCAUGAACUACACCUUGUACAAGCGGGUCAGUGCCAACAUUGGUGUUUACACGAAGGGCAACGAGCAGCGUAUGGGUAAGGGUAAGGGAAAAUUCGAUUACUGGACGGCGAAGGUCGCCGUAAGCCGCAUCGUCUUCGAACUCAAGGGCGAUAUUCACGAGAAGAUUGCUAGAGAGGCUUUCCGAUUGGCUGGCCACAAACUGCCCGGCCUCUGGGAGUUUGUGAAGAAGGGCGAUCCUCCCGUUGUCGGUCUGACAAAACUCGGCAACGGUGUGACUCUCGAAAGCCUCAAGCGACCACGCAGAAGCCCGGCUCUGGGCACCGAAAAUCUGCCCACUCCCCCGAAAUCAUCCUCCUCCAGCCCGUCCGCCUCCCAAUAG